AUGAUGGCUUCAAAUGUCCUGUCCCGCAUCCUCCCUCACAACGGCUCCCCGUCGGUAUAUGAGACGAUUCGACAACAUGACGCGGAUUCGGACGACUUAGACGUGGAGGAGCGUGCAGGCUUGAUGUUAGGCGAUAACGAGGAUGAAGAUUAUAGUAAUCGAGAGCUGGAGGAAGCUAUGGCCGAGGCUGGGAGGGAUGAGAUGUCGAGUCCGACCCCAAGUGAGCCGUUCCUGACUCAGCGCAGCCCCCAAAGGGUGGCCGAGGAUAGAGAUCAAGGCGCAGCUGGGUCUCGUCGACGCAGGCUUAGCCGUCCUCGUUGGAUGUCGCCACAUCAUGACCCUGACGAUGGAGACGAUGAUGUGCCUGCCUCUCUUUACGUGGAGGGACGACAGGACGAUGAUGAAUUAAAGCAGCGUCUUCCUCCUCCUCCUCCCCCAUCUCAUCAUCGCUCACGCCAAGAGCCACCAGUACCUGGGCCUUCCUCUGGAGGCGAUCGGGCUCGAUGGGAAACUACCAGAGAACGUUUGCCCUUACACACGAACCACCAGAGGCAACGGCCGGGGCUGAUAUGGUCCUUGGGGCAUCCAAGCUUGGCCACGGUAGAUCCAAAAGAAAAAGCGUUGUGGAUGUGGGCAAAUGUGGAGAACCUGGAUAAUUUCUUGAAGGACGUCUAUACGUAUUUUCUAGGAAAUGGGAUCUGGUCUAUAUUGCUGGACCGGUUCCUCAGUCUCCUGACAUUUGGAUUUGUGGUCGGCUUCAGUACGUUUCUUAUGAACUGCAUUGACUACCGCAGUGUACGCGGAAGCAAGACCUUGGAUGAUAUACUCAUCCCGAAAUGCACCAAGAAGAUGUCUAUGUCCUCGACUCUCUUGCUGUGGCUGCUUACCUUUCUCUGGAUCGGGAAGGCCUUCCAAUACGCCCUGGAUAUUAGAAGACUCAAGCAUAUGCACGAUUUCUACCAUUACCUACUUAAUGUGUCCGACGCCGAGAUCCAGACGAUCUCCUGGCAGGAGGUUGUCAGCCGGUUGAUGACGCUGAGAGAUUCUAACCCUGCGACGGCCGGGGCGGUUUCCGCAACGCACCGCAAAUUCAUGGGCAGUCAAUCCAAGCAGCGAAUGGACGCCCACGACAUUGCCAAUCGACUGAUGCGUAAAGAGAACUACCUCAUUGCUCUGGUGAACAAAGACAUAUUAGAUCUGACGCUCCCUAUACCAUUCCUCCGAAACCGACAGCUCUUUUCUCAGACCCUGGAGUGGAACAUCAAUCUUUGCAUCAUGGACUAUGUUUUCAAUGAGCAGGGCCAGGUUCGGACAUUAUUCCUGAGAGACACCCAUCGGAAAGCGCUGAGUGAGGGCCUGCGGCGGCGAUUCAUGUUUGCAGGCAUCAUGAACAUUUUCGUGGCUCCGUUUAUUGUGGUCUAUUUCCUGAUGCACUACUUCUUCCGUUACUUCAACGAGUUUAAGAAGAACCCGUCCCAGAUUGGGUCUCGGCAAUACACCCCUCUGGCCGAGUGGAAAUUCCGGGAGUUCAAUGAGCUUUGGCAUCUCUUUGAGCGUCGGUUGAAUAUGUCGUACCCUUUUGCCAGCCGAUACAUUGAUCAAUUCCCCAAAGACAAGGCCGUCCAGCUGGCUGGCUUCGUGGCAUUUGUCUCCGGUGCUCUGGCCUCCGUCUUAGCCCUGGCAUCGAUCGUGGAUCCCGAACUGUUCCUGGGCUUUGAGAUCACGCCUGACCGCACCGUCCUUUUCUACCUCGGUGUCUUCGGAUCUAUCUGGGCCUUUGCUCGAGGAGUGGUUCCCGAGGAAACUAAUGUGUUUGAUCCCGAAUAUGCCCUGCUCGAGGUGAUCAACUUCACCCACUACUUCCCAAAUCACUGGAAGGGCCGGCUGCACAGCGACGACGUACGGCGGGACUUUGCCACACAAUACCAGGUCAAGAUUGUGAUUUUCUUGGAAGAGAUUCUCAGCAUGAUAUUCACGCCCUUUAUCCUUUGGUUUAGCCUGCCCAAAUGCAGUGAUCGGCUGAUUGAUUUCUUUCGAGAGUUCACGGUACACGUGGACGGGAUGGGCUAUCUUUGCUCGUUUGCCGUCUUUGACUUCAAGAAAGGCACCAACGAGAUCACACAGGGAGAUGCAGGCCGACCAAACUCUGCGAGGCAGGACCUCCGGGCGGACUACUUUUCAACCAAGGACGGCAAGAUGCUUGCAUCCUACUACGGAUUUCUGGAUCACUACGGAGGCAACCGGCCUGCUCAUCCGGCUGGGAAGCGUCAGUUCCAUCCUCCACCCACAUUCCCGCCAUUGGGAUCGCCCUCGAUGAUAGAGCCGGGCAAUAUCGGCGAUCGACAGUCUACCGUAGGAAUUCCUCGAUUUGUUAAUCCGGGCCUGGGAGACUCGAUACUUUUGGAUCCCCAUCACCAGCCCUCUGCGUCGGGGUUCCGGACCAGUAAUCGCAACCCUGCCUAUUCCCGCUAUCGGUCGUCGCGUCCUUCGCGACCAGCCUCCGACCCCAUCGAGGACGAUGAAUCGCCAACCGCGGAGACGCGCAGUCCGGCCGUAAAGAAAUCGUCGCACAAUGGAGCCAUCGGUGGCAGUGACAGCAACCUCAGCGACUCGUGGCGAGUCAACUUGAUGGGGGAUAUUGAGGAAGAUGACGGCGAGGAAGAGGGAGAAAAUGUGGAUGCAAUUGCCGGGGGUGCAGGUGUGUUGGGUCUCAUCCAGCAAUUUCAGAAAGUCAACAAGGACAACCGGGGCCGGAACACCGUAGGGAUUUGA